GUAGAAUGAGAAUUAGAUUGAGAUCUGAUCAUGUAACCCUGCUUCUGAUCACUUCCCAGCUGCUGGUGGCCGUACCAUGGGCUUGCAAAAUAUAUCAAUGCGAGAAUCAAGAGAUAUCUGCGAGGCAAGAGAUGAGACUCCUUAUAAAAUUCCCAAGCUUCAUUGCCACGGAUACCCCCAACCCCCACACACCCGUGUAUGAUUGUGAAAGACACCAGCCCCCUCUUGAUCACUCAUUUCAGGCCAACUACAUGUAUGCUCCCUUCCCUGGCAAUAUAACAUAUAUAGACACAUCCUUGACCGAUUGUUGUUCUGUUGUCGGUGAUAAGUAACCGCCAACCCCACCCCUGGAAAUACCGGACUGCUCGCUAAAAUUUCGAGAGACAUCAUCUCUCCGCCAAAACCUGCGGGGAGACGAUGCAAAAGCGAAUCCCCCUCCCAUCCCGCCCUGUCACUCCACCGCCUACAGCCAUAAUAUCUCGCCAUCCCUUGGCGCCCGCUGGGACCUGCAUAAGGGUAUUCCCGACGUUCUUGCGAAGCUCCCUAUAGGUCCCAAAGAGAUCAGGGAAUCAGGCAAACAGGCAAGCGCAAUAUCAGGGCUUCAGCCCAACGAAGAGAGAGCCGCCACA